CAGUAGAUCCGGUUGUCGGGGGAGUCUCUGCAGUCUCGCUUUCACCUGCUCCGAAGGCCCUCGGAAUAUAGGGGCAUUAACUUAGUGCCCCUGGACUCUAAGAGCCUCAGUGGAUAUCUGCGCCUCUAAAAGUCUCUAGCUCUGGAAGCGGUUGUCCGAAACUCAUCGCGGGCAUUGUGUCGUAGUCUCUUGGUGUGUAGGUGGGAGGAAGCGGGACCAAGGCCCGUUCUCUCUGGCCCCACAUUCCGGCAGAGUUAGCUGUGGAUACGCACUCUUCUGUUGCGACCCCUCGCCAGACUUUUCUUAGAAAUGGAGCAGUCACAGUGUGGCAGCAGAGACCUCAGCAGCAGCGGCCGACCCAGCCUGGCCCCGGGGCUGGUGGCAGCGGCACCUCAUCCACAGUCUCCGACGUUACCAGUUCCCCCGGGGAUACCCCUUCCUCCAACUUUCUUGCGGCCACCCAGCCUCUUUCUGCGGGCAGCAACAGCCGCCACCUCGGGAAGUGGAGGCUGCCCACAAGCUGCUGGACUGGAAAGGGGGGUGGGCGCCGUGGCCUGCAGCUACCCACGCACACCCAAGUGUGCGCGUUGUCGCAACCACGGUGUCGUGUCGGCCCUCAAGGGGCACAAGCGUUUCUGCCGCUGGCGGGACUGCGCGUGUGCUAAGUGCACCCUGAUCGCUGAGCGCCAGCGAGUCAUGGCUGCACAGGUGGCGCUGCGCAGGCAGCAGGCCCAGGAGGAGAGUGAGGCCCGGGGACUCCAAAGGCUUCUGUACUCUGGACCUUCGGGGCCCGGGGGUCGGACAUCUGGAGGCAGCAGGAGAACGGAGAAUCUCCAAACUGCGAGCAGCUCUGCGGUGGUGACUGCCCUGGGACUGAGUGCCUUGAGACAGGCUAGUGGUCUGGCGACCCCUGCUUGCGAGAUUUUUCAGCAGGAUUAUACAGAAGGAAAACAAGGACAAAAAGAGAAUAAAUGUGACUCAUGCCAGAGUAGGCAAGAAGAACCAGUGUGCAAAUCCCAUCACUCUACCUUGGGAUCAUCUCCUAAAUCUAAUGAUGUCAUUGGAAAACAAAACAUCAGGUCAUCUGUUUCAGAAAACUUGAACAAGGAUGAUGGCAUUCAGUCUCCUCAUCCUGGGGAGCAGUCAGGAGGUGAAGAGAGUCCCAGAUCCCCGUCAUCCUCUGAUUUGGAAUCAGGAAAUGAAAGUGAAUGGGCCAAAGACUUCACUGCUGCCAGAGCCAGCCUUCCCCCUAUGUCCUCUAGACCAAGAGACCCUCUUGAUAUCCUUAUCAAGAUUUUCCCAAGUUACAGAUGCAGCCGGCUGGAAAGCAUUCUACAGUUCUGCAAAGGGGAUGUGGUCCAAGCUAUUGAACAAGUUCUAAAUGGGAAGGAACACCAAACAGACACUAGAGACCUAGCAAACUCAGGAGAAUUGGAAAAUACAGCUUUUCCAAGAGCUUCAAAUUUUAGUUUAGCUGGAAUUGGUUUUGGAACUCUAGGAAAUAAAUCAGCUUUCUCUCCCCUUCACACUACUUCUGCUUCUUAUGGGGGUGAUUCAAGUCUCUAUAGCUUAAAUCCCAGACUAGGUAUAAGUCCUUUACGGUUGGCAUAUUCCUCUCCAGGAAGAGGGCUGUCUAGUUUCAUGUCACCAUACCUAACUCCUGGGUUUGUACCAACAUUACCUUUUCGGCCAGCUUUAGAUUAUGCUUUUCCAGGUAUGAUUAGGGAUUCUUCUUACCUUCCCAGCAAAGAUUCAGUAACUAGUGACAGACUGUAUUCCAGGCUGAAUCAGGACAAUCUGUAAUGCAUCUGCCUAUCUACCUUUCUGGAGUAUUUCUAGGAGUAUGUACUACAAACCUCAUACCCGUACACACCCACAUCUAUUAAUGUGUUCACUGUGUAUGGGAGUGGAUUACCAGGCCUUAAAAUUGCUAUCUUUUUUUCACAAGCAAUAUAAUGGACUUGAGAUCUAAAGACUUUUCUUUAGCAUUUAACUGAAGAAAACAUUUAAACAUUAUAUGUGCCUUGAAUAACACCAUUUCAGGAAAUAUUUUUAUUUCAAUGAAUUUUGUCCCUAAAAUAACA